UCAAUAAAUAGUAGAGGAUAAAAUGUUAUGUUUUUAUUUGCUUAUUUCGAGACAUCUCUAUAUCGUUAAAGUACAAAGUCCCCAAUUAGUAUAAAUAACUUAAAGUAGUCGCAAUUAUUAUGAUGUUGGAAUUUAUAAUUACUAGGAUACACGGCAACACGCUGUAAACAAACUGUUGGAAUAUAGAUAAACCUAUUAAACAUCUGAAUAACUUAAUAAAACACUGCAAACCUACACAUUGCAUUAAUAAGACGCAGUUUGAUUUAUAGACAUCAAACAAGAUGUUUAUUAUAAUAUUACUCAUAACAACCGUGUUAUUUUUUACAUGGUGUUUUAGAGAAAAACGAAAAUAUAAAUGUGUAGAUGAGAAAAUACCCGGUCCACCUGCUAAUUGGCUCACAGGAAACAUCGGUGAUUUAGGAUACAACACGUUUGAUUUGUUUCGCAAUUGUCAACGACUUAUAAAAACAUAUGGAAAUGUUUUAAGAGUAUGGCAAGGACCACAUCGGCUAAAUGUUUUCAUAACAGAUCCAAAAUUGGUUGAAUACUUUCUAUCAUCUCAAGUUCAUAUUAAAAAAUCGGCAGGAUAUGACAUAGCGGAAUCAUGGCUUGGUCCAGGAGGCUUAAUAAAUAGCUAUGGGAAAACAUGGAUGAAGUAUCGUAAAAUAUUAACCCCCGCUUUUCAUUUUAGUAUACUAGACCAAUUUUCCACAAAUUUUCAUAACAACAGUCAAAUUUUAAUUCAAAAAUUAAAGAAAAAAUCAGGAAAAGUCUUCGAUAUAUUUCCUUUUAUGAAGCUUUACGCACUUGAUUCGUUAUGUGAAUCCUCAAUGGCAAUAAAUUUCCGUUCCCAAGAAGCUGGUAACAGUCUUUUUGCUACAUGUCUAGAUGCUACGUUGGAGGCUGUUGUACUUAGAUUUUUUUCUUUAUUAAACAGAUACGAUACUCUAUAUGCGUUUACAUCAGAAAGUAAACAUUAUUAUUCCCGAAUAAAAACUAUGCAUAAUAUUACUACGGAUAUUAUUCAAAAACGAAGAAAAGAUCUCGAAGUCGGUGUUCAAAACGAUCAAGAUGAUUAUGGUAUUCGUAAACGACGAGUGUUUAUAGAUGUCCUUUUGGAACAUGGUGACCUCCGCAAUGAAGAGAUUGAAUGGCAGGUUAAUACGUUUAUGUUCGCUGGGCAAGAUACUGUUGGAACAGCAUUAUCGUUUUCUUUGUACGAACUUGCAAAACAUAAAGAGGUUUGCCAAAAAAUUCGAAAUGAAAUUAUUGAUGUUGUUGGUGAAGACAGAAAUACAGAAAUUUCUGCUGCGGCAGCUAAACAAUUACAUUAUUUGGAUCGAGCUUUUAAAGAAUGCUUACGAAUUUUCCCACCAGUAUCUUUUUUUGAGAGAGAACUUCUUGAAGAUGUUAAAAUAGGUGAUCUUGAAUUUCCGAAAGGUACCAACGUUUCGUUCCAUCCUUAUGCACAGCAUCACGACCCUGCUUUAUUUCCAGAACCGGAAGUGUUUAACCCUGAUCGAUUUUUACGUAUUGGCCAAAGAUACGCUAUUAUGAAUUGUAAAAUUGUUUUGGCUAAUAUAAUAAGGAAUUUUGAUCUAAGUCCUUCAGAUGAACCGCAUACUCUUAUUAUUGGAGCCGGAGUGAUUAAAUCUAAGAAUGGUUUACCAAUUAAACUUACAUAUAGAGAAAAUUAAAAAAAUUUAAAAAAAAUACAUUUACUCAGAUAACGGAUCUUGUUUGUAAACAAUCUCAAAUUAUUAUGAAUAAAAACAUAUUUUUCUGGCUUUAA